AAAGUCUGAAACACACUAAAAUCUAUAGGAAAAAAAAUGACAAUUAUUGUCACUUUCGGACGUAGCAUUAGUCAAAAUUUUUCGUUUAAAUUACAAUCUUCCAUUUUAAACCCGUGAAAAAAACCAAAACAAAAUGGCACAAGAUAAUCUAUCAGCAAUUCUAGUCAAACCGAACGAAAUUAAAUUAGAACAAAGACCAAUUCCUGAACCAGGACCAAAUCAGGUGCUAUUGCAGAUGGAGGUAGUCGGAAUUUGUGGAUCAGACGUACAUUAUUGGUUAGAAGGACGUUGCGGACCUUUUAUUUUAGAAAAACCCAUGGUAAUGGGUCACGAAGCAUCCGGGACAGUGGUAAAGUGUGGAUCCGAAGUAACUUCGUUAGAACCAGGAGAUAGAGUCGCUAUAGAACCGGGAGUACCUUGUAGAAGAUGUGAAUUUUGCAAAACUGGCAGGUAUAACAUUUGUCCUGAUAUACUUUUCUGCGCAACUCCGCCCGUUGAUGGAAAUCUCGCAAGAUAUUUCGUCACAGACGAAGAUUUUUGUUUCAAACUACCUUGUAAUAUGAGUUUUGAAGAUGGGACUUUAAUGGAACCGUUAGCAGUAGCAGUACACGCAUGCAAACUUGGGAAAGUUACUAUUGGUUCCGUCUGUUUAGUACUAGGUGCUGGACCUAUUGGGCUAUGCACGGUAGCUGCUUUCAGGGCUUACGGAGCGCGUAAAAUCCUCAUCACCGAUCUAUUAGAUUAUAGAUUAGAACUAGCGAAAAAAAUGGGUGCAAACUUUACUUUGAAUACCUCGGGAAUGGAUGAAGAUGCAGUUACUGAGAAAGUAUUGAGUUUACUAAAAGAAGAACCUCACGUAUCUGUCGAAUGCGCUGGAUCCGAACAAUGCGCAAGACUUUGUAUGAAAGUAACUAGAGCUGGAGGAGUUAUGAUACUGUUAGGUAUGGGUGGACUUGAAAUGACGAUGCCGUUCGGUGCUGCUUUGGUUAAAGAAAUAACUUCUAUAGGAUCUUUUAGAUAUAAUAACGAUUAUCCCGAGGCUAUAGAAAUGGUGAGAUCUGGAAGGGCCGAUGUUCGAGGUCUUGUUACGCAUCAUUUCACAUUGGAAGAAACCCAAAAAGCUUAUGAAACGCACAGGGAUAAGAUUGGAAAUCCCAUUAAGAUUAUGAUACACUGUAAUCCCAAUUGGAAACCGGAAUAGGAAUAUUUAGAAUUGAUACUAAUUUUUUCUGGAAAUUAUUCGAUUUUUUGUAUAACCUAGUAAGAAAAGUAGACUAUAACAUUGUUAACAGUAAAGGUUCUAUUGGUUUCGUAUACAAGCACACACUUUUUUGCAAUAAAUAAAGUUUCAACUCACA